AUGUAUGCCACCUUCCUAGUGUGGUUCUCCUUUUUUGGCGUGGAAGAUAGUGCUGCGUCUGUCACAGCGCCUUCCUUCAUCUCUGAAUGCCCGACUUCAGGAGCUCGGCCUGAAUUCCGCGUUGCUAUAAUCGGCGCAGGUCCGUCGGGCACUAGCGCCGCGUACUAUCUUGCGAAAGCGCAAGAAAAGCUGGAAGAAGCCAGGAAGUAUGGACUAGGCACAUGCAAAAACACGUCUUUCCCCGAGCGCCUCUAUGUCACUGUGUACGAGCGAAGUGACCGCGUAGGUGGUCGUGCUUGGAGUGUUCAUCCACUGGAUGAUCCAUCGAUCGCGCCUGUGGAAUCAGGUGCCAGUAUAUUUGCGAAAAUGAAUACACAGAUGCGUCAGGCGACCCAAGCCAUGGACCUUAAGGCGGUCCCACGAGAAUCGAUGCCGCGUAGCGACUAUGGCUUGUGGAAUGGUCGCGACUUUGUCAUUGACAAAUUCGAUGGAACUAAAUGGGACCAACUCAAGAUGUAUUGGAGAUAUGGAAACAGUCCCCAGACAUUUUUAAAUCUGUACGUAUUGGUACGUCUUACUUUCAGUGCCACCAAAGCAGCGUCCUCUUUCACGCAGCUCUACAAUCCAUCGUUCCUUCAUAAACGGACUAGACAUUCCACUGAGAGCGAAUCUGGAUACCCAUGGAGCAACGUCAGUGAUAUCAUUCAUCGCUUGGGUUUGCAACACACGACGUCCCAAUCUGCUCGAGACUUGCUUUUGCACAACAAAGUCUCAGAUACGUUUGUUGAUGAAAUGGUCAAUGCUCUUACACGAGCCAUCUACGCUCAAUCUGUCAGCACUAUACACGCUGUAGCUGCUAUGGUGGCUGCUGGUGCCCCAGAUGCUUUUAGUAUCCGCGGUGGGAACGAACAACUGUUUCAGCGUCUUUUGGAAAAGAGUGGCGCUUAUGUACGUUUUGGCGUCCAAGGCGAGGUCACAGGUCUGAUGAAAAUGAGCGCAAGUAUCGAUCCUGCCAAACCUGGCCAUACAGAAUGGUGGGUCGGGACGAAGGAUGGGCAUGGCGAAGUAUACAAUGCCGUGAUUCUCGCAACACCUUGGCAUGAUGCAGGUAUUACUCUGCUCAAUACACAUCAUACCGUACCUUCGUACAAAUUCCAGCAUCUUCACGUCACAAUUGUUGUAACGAGUUCAUCCAAGCUCAAUGUAAAGUACUUUGCUGGGGCUAUGCCUCUUACUUCUAUGCCACAUACUAUCUUGACAACGACUGCUCCCGAUGGGACGGAGCCAGAGUUCCUCUCUAUGAGCUACCUUCGCCAGCUUAACCAUGCUACAUAUAAGGGAAAAACAUGGAAUAAGCUGUUUGUCGUCAAAAUAUUGUCUCAGAAGGAACUUGAAGACGAUACGUUGGCACGUCUAUUUGGUCCUUCCUCUGUGCUGUGGACUACCCAAAAGACUUGGAGCGCGUAUCCGGAACUUCCACCGACGGACAAGUUCGGUCGCUUUGAAAUUGAUGACAACCUAUGGAACAUCAAUGCUUUGGAGCGUUGGAUAUCCACGAUGGAAACGAGCCUACUUGCCUCUAAAAACGUCGUGGCGCUACUUUUGCAAAAAUGGCUCGGUGCUGCCUUUAUAUUGGGUCAGGCUUGUAAAUGGGAACCCAACGUUGUACGCGAGGCAACAGCUUGGGCUGGCUGGGGAUGCCAAAACACAUAA